AUGCAUAAAUCUGUCGCACAAAGAUCAACAUUAUUAUCAUCCGCCAAUAAUUUUCUUUCAGAUCGUAUAAUAACAAGAUUAUCUCAUGUAGCGUCAACUCAUCCAGUAUGGAAUGAAACAUCAUUACCAGAUAAAAUAAAAUCAUUAGAUGAAUAUAAAGCAAUUUAUUCAUUAUCAGUUAAAGAUCCAAAUCUUUUUUGGAAAAUGGCAGCUGAACGUUUAGAUUGGUAUCGUUUUCCAACAAAAAUAAAAAAUACUGAAUUUGAUUAUCGUACUCCACGUGGCGUUGAUAUUAAGUGGUAUCAAGAUGGUAUAAUAAAUGCUUGUUAUAAUUGUCUUGAUCGUCAUAUUCAUCAUGAUCAUAGUAUUGCUCAACAAGUAGCACUUAUAUUUGAACCCGAUACACCAAGUGAAUCUCGGCACCAUAUAACAUAUGCUGAACUUUUACGUGAUGUUAAAAAAUUUGCUAAUGUACUUAAAAAACAUGGAGUUAAAAAAAGAGAUCGUGUUACUAUUUAUAUGCCUAUGGUAGUUGAAGCAUGUGUUGCAAUGCUUGCAUGUGCACGUAUUGGUGCCGUACAUUCAGUCAUAUUCGGAGGUUUUAGUGCAAAUAAUGUUGCUGAUCGUAUAUUGGAUUGUGAAUCAACAAUUGUUAUAACAACUGAUUUUGGUGUACGUGGUGGAAAAAGUUCACCAUUAAAAAUUAAAAUUGAUCAAGCUUUAAAAAUGAGACAAUGUAGUAAUGUUAAAACUGUGCUUGUUUUUGAAAGAAAUCAUGGUAUGGCAGAAUUAAAAGAUGAUUGUGCAAAUUUACGUGACGCAUUUGAAUGGACAGAAGGAAGAGAUUUUUGGGUACAUGAAGAAAUGGAAACAGUUAAUGAUAAAUGUGAACCCGAACUAAUGAAUGCUGAAGAUCCACUAUUCAUUCUUUAUACAAGUGGCUCAACUGGUGCACCAAAAGGCAUCAUUCAUACAAUAGGUGGUUAUUUAACAUAUACUAGUUUAACGUUUAAAUAUGUUUUUGAUUAUACACCCGGUGAUGUAUAUAUGUGUACAGCUGAUAUUGGUUGGAUUACAGGUCAUUCAUAUGUUGUUUAUGGACCAUUAGCAAAUCGAGCUACAACUAUUAUAUUUGAAGGUGUGCCAACAUAUCCUGAUGUAUCACGUUAUUGGAAUAUUGUUGAUAAACAUGAAGUAAAUAUUUUUUAUACAGCACCAACAGCUAUUCGAUCAUUAAUGCAACAUGAUGAUUCAUUUGUAACUAAUACAAGUCGUCAAUCAUUAAGACUUUUAGGUAGUGUUGGUGAACCAAUUAAUCCUGAAGCAUGGAAAUGGUAUCAUUCUGUUGUUGGUGAUCAUCGAUGUCCAAUUGUUGAUACAUGGUGGCAAACUGAAACAGGUGGUAUUAUGAUUUCACCUAUACCAAAUGCUUGGGAAUUAGAACCAGGUUCCGCUACACUUCCAUUUUUUGGCAUUCGAACACAAUUAUUUGAUAAAAAAACCAAAAAACCAUUGGAACGAUCAAAUCAAGGUGAAUUAUGUAUUGUAGAUUCAUGGCCAGGACAAGCACGUAGUCUUUAUCGUAAUCAUGAACGUUUUGUUGAUGUUUAUUUUAAAACAUAUCCUGGUUAUUAUUUUACUGGUGAUGGUUGUGAAAUAAAAGAAAAUGGUUAUCAUUAUAUAACUGGUCGAGUUGAUGAUGUACUUGUUAUAUCUGGACAUAAUAUUGGUACAGCUGAAGUUGAAUCAGCACUUGAAGAACAUGAAGGUGUAAUUGAAGCUGCUGUUGUUGGUUACCCAGAUCCAAAGAAAAAUCAAGGAAUGUAUUGUUUUGUCACAUUAAAAGAUCAUGUCGAACCAAGUGAAGAACUUCGAAAAGAUCUUAUACGAAGUGUACGUGAUAUAAUUGGUGCACAUGUUUAUCCAGAUGUAAUACAUUUUACACCAAAUUUACCUAAAACACGUAGUGGUAAAAUCAUGCGACGUAUCCUACGUAAAAUAGUUGAACCUGACACAAGCAAUCUCGGUGAUAUAUCAACAUUGAAUGACCCAUCUGUUGUUGAAGAAUUAAUUAAAAAUUCUCCACGAACAAAACGUCCAUCAUGA